UGGGGGCCUGCGCUCUGACCAUGCCCGGGUGACAGGAAAGGCGAGGGAGGCAGGGGACGGCUACCGGCCCGGCCCAGCCCAGCCCAGCGCGCAGGAGCACCAGCACCAUCGCCACCAUUCGCACCUACAACGCCGCCGCGGCCGCCCCCACCCCCGUCGUCACCCUUCGCUGAGGGGGGAGCCUGGCGCCCCGCCGCCCAGUGUCCAUGCCCGUGGGGCCGUCGAGCCCGGCUGCGGAGCCCCCGUCGCCGUGGAGCCGGCCGGGGCUGCGCGCUCCCGAAAUAUGAGCAGCCGCCCCACGGGAGGAUCCGGCUCGGGCGUGUGCUUCGGCCCGCGGGACACCGACAAGCCCUUCGCCGACUCGGAGCGGGCGCAGAAAUGGCGCCUGUCGUUGGCCUCCCUACUCUUCUUCACCGUCCUGCUCUCCGACCACCUGUGGCUCUGCGUUGAGGCCAGGCAAGUCGCCGCCGGACGCCAUCGGGACCGGGAGCGCCGCGCGGAGCCGGGCAUGGAGCACGACGUGGGGGGGACGGCCCCCAGCAGCAGCCCCGCGGCGCCGGCCGCCGGCCAGUGCUUCAGCUUGCUGGGCGACGCCGAGGCUGCCUGUCGCCGCCUGCAGCCCGGGGGUUCGGCCCAGGCGGAGCUCUACCUUCCCUUUUGUAAUUCCUACACGCUGCGCGAGCUGUUCGCCGGGCUUUCCCGCCCGGACUCGCUGAACUGCACUGUGGACAACGGCGAGGACGACGACGACGGGGGCGCUGGGGAAGGGGAUCGGCGCAGCAGGGAGGAGGAUUGGCUUCGCUCCUGCCGCCGCUGCGUCCUGGUUUACCAGCGGUACGAUCGGCAAGCUCAGGACCGCUACCGGGAGUUCGAGCUCGUGCUCCAAAAAUACCUGCAAGCGGAGGAGUACUCGGUGAAAUCCGGUCCGGAGGAUUGCAAGACUGUCUACAAAGCCUGGCUCUGUUCCCAGUAUUUUGAAGUCACACAGUCUCACUGCAACAACACAAUUCCUUGCAAGCAAUACUGUUUGGAGGUUCAGACAAGGUGUCCAUUUAUAUUACCAGAUAAUGAUGAUGUCAUCUAUGGAGGAUUAUCCAGUUUCAUCUGUACAGGGCUCUAUGACAAUUAUCCAACCAAUGCAGAACCAGAAUGCUGUGAUGUCAGAUGGGGACUCUUAUCCGAUAACCAAUCCAAAGGGACUAUAAAAACAAGUGACUCAAUGAUGUGUCACCGGACAUCACUCACAGUUUCAUCAGCAUCAAGACUGUGUAACAGCAGACUUAAACUGUGUGUUCUUGUAUUAAUUCUCUUACAUACAGUACUCACUGUCUCAGCAGCACAGAACUCAACAGAACUGGGCUUUGGAGGCAUAACAAAUUUGGAAGAUAAUUCAACCAAUGAGGAAUAAGAGACCUGAUCCAUCUCCUCCCACAGGCACACAGCAGGCCCACGCAUACUGCAGUCAAACCCAAAAGACUGGACCUUUUUGCCCUCUGUUCACUCCUCCAAAGGCCUUCUGGGUAAAACUCGAUAGAUGGGCCACUAUCCAA